CAUUUAGGGCUCUCGGAAGGAAAGAGGGCGAGCAGCGGGUAUCCGCGCCGCGCCUCUUCGCACGUCUGUCCCCGAAAUAGGGCCCCUUAUCCCGGCCGCCCCGGUCCCUGCGCGGACUGGGCGCAUCUUUCCGGCCUCACCGCGGCGCCCACACUGUCUAGCGUCCCCGUCCCGGUCCCCAGUCCCUGCCCUGUCGCCGGAGCGGUCACUGCCCCGCCCGCCGUUCUUCCGCUGCCACCGCUGCUGGCACCAUGGGCAGUGAGCAGAGCUCCGAGGCCGAGAGCCGACCCAACGAUCUGAACUCCUCAGGGCUAUUGAGUGGCCAGACUUCCCCAACAAAUACCAAAUUGGAGAAACUGGAUUCUCAGCAGGUGUUGCAGCUGUGCCUCCGAUGUCAGGAUCACCUGCACCAGUGUGCAGAAGCUGUUGCUUUUGAUCAGAAUGCUUUGGUUAAACGAAUCAAAGAGAUGGAUCUGUCUGUAGAAACCCUCUUUAGCUUCAUGCAGGAACGCCAGAAAAGAUAUGCGAAAUAUGCUGAGCAGCUCCAGAAAGUCAACGAAAUGUCUGCCAUCCUCCGCCGCAUACAGAUGGGCAUCGACCAGACGGUGCCGCUGAUGGAAAGGCUCAACAGAAUGCUGCCUGAGAGCGAGCGGCUAGAGCCCUUCAGCAUGAAGCCGGAGCGAGAGCUCAAGCUAUAGCACUGCUGGUUCCCACCUGCCAGGCUGCUUUUAGGAGGCAGAGAUGCCAGUAACCCAGAGGACAUUUGGAGCCCAAGUCCUGUGGUAUGACCAAGGCCUGAAGCUGGUACAAGGUCUGGGUCCUCACUGCAGUGGACACUGCAUGGACUGCCACUGCCAGCAUGGACUGUCUUUGCCCAUCUCCUUCCCUUGAUGCUAAUGCCCUGUGUGAAACGAACAGAACUGAUUCUUGGUGAUAACUGAAGUUGGAACAUUACUAGAAAUUGUUUUAAAUGCUGCAUGGAGAGUUA